UAUUAGCCAGCGGUUCGGGUGAAAUCAGUCUUAUUGGUAAAAUGUCGAACCUCCAAUGGAUUGUAAUACUCGGCGUUUUGUGUUGCGCGCUCCUGAAUCCUCAAGGCGAAGGCGGCGCGCUGGCCGUAUUUUGGCCAUGUGAAAGCGCGGCGGACUGCACAGCUGACGGUUCGAGCUGCGACUUGGCCAGCGGGCAGUGCGAGUGCUCCACAUUCGACGCGGUCCUCGCGGACAACUUCACCCAAUGCCUGGCGACGUCCCUCAUUGGUGACCAGUGCGACGACAGCGUCCAGUGCAAUCUUAUGCCAACGGGGGCCAGUUGUAAAGCCGGGGUCUGCGAUUGCGCCGAUGGCCAGAACUAUCUGCGUGGCAAGUGUCGCCCACUGAACGGACUCGGCGAGUCCUGCGAAACGGACUUGGACUGCUAUUUUGGCUACGAUCGUGCGUCUGUGAGUUGUCAGCAAAACGUGUGCGGCUGUGCAAAUGGCUAUUAUAAUAGAUAUGGAAACAUAUGUCGUCGCAAAUCAAUGGAAGAAAACGAUGCCUGCGUCGUCAACGAGGAUUGUGAUGCACUGGGCGCCGGAGCGGAGUGCGUGGGCCUAGUGUGCACCUAUGUGGACGAGAUCCCGACGACCACUGCUCCGGGAGCGGAGGAUACGGAGACCACGCAGCCGGGCGAGGACGACGACUCGACCACCGCGGAGGCGAUCACCACCGAGACCGCUGAGCCCGAGGAGUCCGAGGAGGCGACCUUCCGGAGUCGCCGCCAGCUAACCAAGGCCUUCGUGCGCCCCCCGCCCACUCACAGCGAUGCCGCCGCCCAGGUGUCCUUCGCCCAGCUCACCAACGGCGAUCGGGAGCCGCUCAUCUCGCCCCGGUCCCACGAGAUCGCCGUGCAGACGAGCAUCGAGAAGUACGAGCUGAGGGAGCUCCGGGAUGUGGGACGGAGUGUGAGGAAUGCCGCAACCACCACCACAGCCACCACAGCCACCGCCUCCACGAGCACCAGCAGCCGGCGCACCUCCAGCCGCAACCAGAGCCACGCCCACAACCACCGCCGCCGCCUGCCCGCCCUCUUCCGCUUCGAUGACGAGGACAUCAAGACCUACUCCACACUGGGAUCCAGCCGCGAUGACGACGACGCCGACGAUAAGAAGUAUGGCAGCAGCUGUACGGAUAAUGGAAAGACAUGUUCGGGUCUGCCGCACUCGAUUUGCACCAAAAACAUUUGUCUGUGUCGCCAGGGAUACUAUGCCAAGAAUGGCAAAUGCUUUGCAGAGUUGGGUGAAAUUGCGGAGAGCACGGACGAGUGCGAGUAUGAGUUUGAUGAGCUGUCCAAAACUUGCGUUUGCCAAAAGAACUAUUUCUACGAGCGGGAUCUUCGCAACUGCAGGAAACCUAUCCAGUAUCACUUGUCCUGCACCUCGAACAGCCAAUGCAGUCCCUUUGGAGCCUCCUAUUGCCACCCGGAGAUCCCGAGGAGGUGCACCUGCGAGGAGUACGCCCUGUACGAUGCCAUCAAGCAGUUGUGUGAAUACAAGCAGGGAUUGGGAGCCGAGUGCGAGUCGAACGACGCCUGUCCCGUGGACCACUCCGUCUGCUCCAAUCGCCUGUGCGUCUGUGCGGACAACUACUUCGAGAAGGACGAGGAGUGCUUGAGGGGAAUCGGUGCCGACUGCUCCGUGGAGGACGACUGCGUUGCCGAGAACACCACCUGCCAAGAAAAGGACGACGAGUCGCGCACCUGCCAGUGCCGCAAGGGAUAUGUGCACUUCAAGGAUCAGUGCCUCAGGGAAGCUGAAGAGUUGGAGGAUGAGUGCGUUGAGGAUGAGCAGUGCAAACCACUCCUGGCCAGCUGCAAUUCGGAGGGCAAGUGUGGUUGCACCGAUGAGCAGCAUGAGAAAAAUGGAGUCUGUGAAAUAAAACGAGAGCUUGGAGAAUCCUGCACCAAGGCCACAGAAUGUUAUAUAGAGAAGGAUCCCGAGAACGUGGAGUGUCGCAAUUCAGUUUGCCAGUGCAAAUUCGGUUAUUCAGCGAACUCCGAUCAGAAACAGUGCAUUCGUGUGGUGUCCAACAAGAAAAAUUCUUCCGGUAGACCCAGUGCUCUCAAAAUCAUCACCUUCAUGCUGAUUGGCUCCGCUUUCCUGAUCACCAGUGCGGCCAUAAAGCAGGCCUACUACUAAAAGCGAACCAAACCCCUUUAAUUGCGUUGUGAGGAAUGGCGAACAAAUCGGCGAAGGGCCAAGGCCAAAAGUCCCCGGGGGAUGGGGGGAAUAACCGCCUUGGGUGAACUGGAGUGGCCAGUAUUAGCCAAGUUAGUGGCACGGAUCCAGGUCCAAGUGCAACGUGAAUAUAAAUCAAGUAGUCCGUAAGCUGAUAUUUAGGAGUCGAAGCAAUACUUGGAGAAGGGUCCUCGAAAGGACUCUCGCUUAUCUAAUACGGCUAACAAUAGUUACAAAUUAUCUAUAAGUUUGAAGUUAAACUGCUUGUUGAUAGGCUAAGCGAACAGUUUUUAACCAAAUUGUAAUAUACAUUAUAAUAAACUAAGGCCAACGAUGAGUUGUAACAAAUCCACAA